AUGGCCAACCUUUCACAUCAUCAUUACGAUCUCAUCACAAAGCAUCCUUUUAAAGACUCGCUAGAUCAGCUGCGAGGCUCACUUCAGGAGGCAGAGCAAAUAUAUGAUGUCUCAGCUGAUCCUCAGGAUGAAAUCUCUCUUGACCUUCAGUCUGAAAUAAGUAAUCAUAAUGUGGCUUCUCAACUUGCAGAUAUCUUUGGACGCAUUCGCAAGGGUGAUUUCAACUGCAACCACUUUCGACCGUUGGUGCAGCUCAUCAUCCAAAACGCACCAGAUGUUGAUAUCUGGCAGGCUGUCCUUGAUCUCACAGUUACCAUCUCACAAUCGACUCCAUAUGUCCCCCCUACCUUUUAUGGCACGCCAGUCAAAUCCGCCUCAUCAUCACAGAAAGACUCCGAGCAGAGACGCGAGUUGGUGAAUAUGAGAAUCUUUGAGGAGAUAUGUGACUGCACAUUUUGGGAUGUUGAGGGCUUCUUCAACAAGUACUUUGAGGGAAAAGACUGGAGUGACAAAGCAGAUGCCAUCUGUCGACAUGUGCUAGCCACAGACAGUGAUGGGAACUGGGCCCGGUUUCCUGAUCCUCCUAUGCAGAGUGAUGUCUUUGCCUGCAUCUACUACACCACAGAGAGCAAAGCAGGUCUUACUGGUUCAAAGGCAGAAUGGCAAGUUGACCUCCUUCUGAGAGCUAGAAGCACAAGCCUCUCACAAGGCAAACAUGACUGGAGAGACAUCCUGGUGAUUGGUGAGCUGAAAAAAUCAGAGAAGGAGAUCAGGACCAAAGAUACAUUGCUGCAGAUAAGCUGCUAUGUGCAUGAAAUCUUUGCUGUCCAACCCACCCGCUCAGGCAUCAUUGAUGUCAACACAGAUCCAAGACAAUUCCUUAAGGUGUUUGUGGGCUACACCAUGAUGAGUGAUGAGGAGCUGGGACUGGAUACCUUUAUUGCUAGGAAUGAAGAUGGCAGCAAAUCAAUAACCAUCAAAGAGCCUGAAUCCUCAGAGGAAAUGAUACUGCAGCUGAGUAAAAUGCUUACCUUUCAGCAUGCCAUUGUGUGCCAUGGGACCACAUGUUUUCUCACAGAUGAUGGAGAAGUGGAGGGUGUAGCCAAGCUCUCAUGGGUAUCAGAUAAGUGGCGCCCAGAGGUGGAACUCCUCACGCUAGCAGCUCAAAAAAAUGUCCAAGGGAUUGCCAGGAUUAUUGGACACAGUACCAUCACCAGCAUAGCUGACAUGCGCUGCGGCCUGACCUUCAACAACAAACGCCAUGACUUCAAAAGUGCAACCCCCAGUAUAGCCUCCUCACCUCAUCAAUCUCAGCCACCUGCUGAGCCCUCUAGGAAACGCAAAUAUCCAGACAAGGGAAUGCAGGUGUCCAAACAAUCACAUUUCACAAGUCAAUCAUUAAGGACCUCUCAGCAGAAGAAUGAACUUACUUUCUCCAUUCAGUCAGUGCACAAGCCAAGUCUCUUUGACAGGAAUGGCAAGGAACUCUAUGACAAUCGUGUUCUCCGCUGUCUGGUGAUAUCACCUGCUGGCCAGCCAAUCUACAGGUACAAAUCAUCCUUGGAGCUACUCAUGGCACUUCGUGAUGCAAUAAAGUCGCAUCAGUCUCUUUUACCUGAGAACAAUAUAAUAAUAACCAAUCCUGAAAAGACAGGUGGUCACUCUGGCAUGCUAAUUGAUCUGGACCUUGCCAAAGAAGUUGAAAGCGAGCAAAGCAGUGCACACUAUCGGACUGGCACAAAGAAGUUCAUGGCAAUUGAAGUGCUUCUUAAUGUUGACCAUACUUACCGGCAUGACCUUGAGUCUUUCUUCUAUGUGCUUAUCUGGCAGUGUGCCCAUCGCAGCUGGGAAAAACUAGAUAAGCUACAGAGACAGAGACAGAGACAGGUCUUGCCGCAAGACAGCUUGCUGAAAGAAUGGAAUACUGGAACUUAUAUGAAAAUUGCAAGAAUCAAGCGAAGUGACAUGCAAGCUGAUGGAUUUGAAUACCUUCUGCAGGAGUUUCCACUGGAAUUGGAGUGUGUCAAACUCCUCUGCAGGACCAUACGAGGCGUGCUGUUUCCUUAUGGGAAGGAAGGAAUUAUUGUCGGAACACCACAAGACCCAAAAAUACUCCAUGAUCCUAUUAUUAAGGUGUAUGAUGAUGCAAUAGCGCUGAUUGAAGCUUGA